GAAUGGCUGUCCUCCCGACACCCCCGGAACUCCACCCGCCCUGUUACCUGGCGAAAGCUUCUCCUCCGAGAAAGGCAUUCAGCCCCCAAGCACAGUUGCUUGAUGGGUGGCAUUAUGGCCCCCAAAGACAUAAUGACAAAUACUCAUGCUAAAUCCAUCCUCAACUCAAUGAACUCCCUCAGGAAGAGCAAUACCCUGUGUGAUGUGACUUUGAGAGUGGAGCAGAAAGACUUCCCUGCCCAUCGGAUUGUGCUGGCUGCCUGCAGUGAUUACUUCUGUGCCAUGUUCACUAGUGAGCUUUCAGAGAAGGGGAAACCUUAUGUUGAUAUCCAAGGUUUAACUGCCUCUACCAUGGAAAUCCUGUUGGACUUUGUAUACACAGAAACUGUACAUGUGACAGUAGAAAAUGUACAAGAACUGCUCCCUGCAGCCUGUCUGCUUCAGCUGAAAGGUGUGAAGCAAGCCUGUUGUGAGUUCUUAGAAAGUCAGCUGGACCCUUCUAAUUGCCUGGGUAUCAGGGAUUUUGCUGAAACUCACAAUUGUGUGGACCUGAUGCAAGCAGCUGAAGUUUUCAGCCAGAAGCAUUUUCCUGAAGUGGUGCAGCAUGAAGAGUUCAUUCUUCUAAGUCAAGGGGAGGUGGAGAAGCUAAUCAAGUGUGAUGAAAUUCAGGUGGAUUCUGAAGAGCCUGUCUUUGAGGCUGUCAUCAACUGGGUGAAACAUGCGAAGAAGGAGCGAGAGGAGUCCUUGCCUGACCUCCUGCAGUAUGUGCGCAUGCCCCUGCUGACCCCCAGGUACAUUACAGACGUAAUAGAUGCUGAGCCUUUCGUCCGCUGCAGUUUACAGUGCAGGGACCUAGUGGAUGAAGCAAAGAAGUUUCAUCUGAGGCCUGAGCUUCGAAGUCAGAUGCAGGGACCAAGGACAAGGGCUCGUCUAGGAGCCAAUGAAGUGCUUCUGGUGGUUGGGGGCUUCGGAAGUCAGCAAUCUCCUAUUGAUGUAGUAGAGAAAUAUGAUCCCAAGACUCAGGAGUGGAGCUUUUUGCCAAGCAUCACUCGCAAGAGACGCUAUGUGGCCUCAGUGUCACUACACGACCGGAUCUACGUGAUUGGUGGUUAUGAUGGCCGUUCCCGCCUCAGUUCAGUGGAAUGUCUAGACUACACUGCGGAUGAGGAUGGGGUGUGGUAUUCUGUGGCCCCUAUGAAUGUCCGACGAGGCCUUGCUGGAGCUACCACACUGGGAGAUAUGAUCUAUGUCUCUGGAGGCUUUGAUGGAAGCAGGCGACACACCAGUAUGGAGCGAUACGACCCAAACAUUGACCAGUGGAGCAUGCUUGGAGACAUGCAGACAGCUCGUGAGGGUGCAGGACUAGUAGUGGCCAGUGGAGUGAUCUACUGUCUAGGAGGAUAUGAUGGGUUGAAUAUCUUAAAUUCAGUUGAGAAAUAUGAUCCCCAUACAGGACACUGGACUAAUGUUACACCUAUGGCCACCAAGCGUUCUGGUGCUGGAGUAGCCCUACUGAACGACCAUAUUUAUGUGGUAGGAGGGUUUGAUGGGACCGCUCACCUGUCCUCUGUCGAAGCAUACAAUAUCCGUACUGAUUCUUGGACAACUGUCACUAGUAUGACCACUCCACGCUGCUAUGUAGGGGCCACAGUGCUUCGGGGGAGGCUCUACGCAAUUGCAGGAUAUGAUGGGAACUCCCUGCUGAGUAGCAUCGAGUGCUAUGACCCUAUCAUUGACAGCUGGGAAGUGGUGACAUCCAUGGGGACCCAGCGCUGUGAUGCUGGUGUGUGUGUUCUCCGAGAAAAGUGACCAUUGUUAGAGCAUCAUCUGGAGCUAGUGACCGGUCCAAGGAACACUUUGUGGGAGAAUCAAGGAUCCUUUCCAGAAUGUUUGUUUCUCACUGUGCACAGGGUGGGCUAUGACAGGCCCCAGUGCAGUGGUAAUUGUACUUAUUUGAUACACACACUCCCUCGCACUGGUAAUGUUACUCAGAAGGGUGGGUAACAGGUACUCAAGGGAAGAGAAUGCACAUUUCAUUGUGAGAGACCAGAUCACCUCUCUCUCUGGUCUGGGGAGCACUUUCUUAUAGUUUAUAACUUACCAUGUGCUUGGGAGAAUAUAUAUGUAUAUGUCUGUUGAGUGUGUAUGUUGUGCCUCAUAUAUUGGAGAGAGCUGAGGUGAGUAUGGCCUGAUAGAAGCAUGUUCCAGCUUAGAUGAUUGGAAGGAUGCCAGUUUGCAUAAGCUUCAUAAAAAUCAUUUUUUCCCCAGGAACAAAAGUAUAUUUUGUAAUUAUACAGGUAGCUAGGGGUACACAGUUCCAUUCUGGAUAAAACCAAAAGAGAGCCCAUAAGACCUUAGGGGCUAAGGAGAGAGGUUUAUGUGAUGCUUGCUUAGGGGAACAGGGUUGGUAUAGAAGAGGUUAGAAUAAGUAAUAUGACCCUGGUGUGGUGGUAUAUGCCUUUGCUCCUAGCACUCUGGAGGCAGAGGUAGGAGAACCACCAUGAGUUCAAGGCUAGCCUGAGACUACAUAAUGAAAUCCAUGUCACCCUGAGCUGCAAUGAGACCCUACCUCAAAAACAAAGUUAAUGUGAAUAAUUGAAUUCAAUGGAAUGUGAGUGAACCUACAAGACCACUGAGGUAUAACCUGGAAGACUGGCAAGGACACACUAUUUGAUCUCAGCGUCCUUCUAAAGUACAUCUUGUUACUGGAGACCGAGAGAAUAACUGCGCAAAUAUUGGAAUAAGAGAUAACAUAAAUGUGGGAGUUCAGCAUGCCUGGGGGUAAGGUAGAAAUACCUGUGAUUUUACGAUGAUCGUCUUAUCGUCAUAGUUCCUGUCAGGGCUCGUGUAGCCUGGACAAUCUUUGUCUUGCACAGGUGAAAGACUAUCUUAACAUUACCGCACUUCCACACUACAUGUUUGGGGUUAGGGUUAGGGUUAGGGUUAGGGUGGGGAGGCAGCAGCCUAGGAGUGGAGACACCUGAUUACUGUCCCAUUCUCUUGAGGGUACACUUCUGCUAAGGAGUGUUUAUUUUAUACUGCUGUGUCUGAUACACUUAGACUUCUUCCUGCUGUGUUUUCCUUACCUGUCUUUAGAAUGAAUUUUACUCAUCCCAGGAUAGAAUAAUCAAGGACAACCAAAAUUAUUUUGUUACUUGCAGUAUCUCUGUUAUCACUAUUUCUGAUCUAUUGUUCAAGGCUCCUCUGUGUCAUGGAGUGAAGUUCUUGUAUUAUUGGUGUUGGGUGUGGGGGAAUGUGAUAGCCUAAUCUAUGGUGUGCUUUCCCUUUGCUCUGGAAUUUCAUUUUUUUCCCCUUUCCCUGAGUUGUAUUGACCCACAGAGUUCAUUUCUUUUGUAUUUUUUUAAAAAAAUAUUAAAAAUCAAUGUCCCAAAUGUCUUUAAGAGAAUUCGUGGCCAGCUAGUUCUGCCUUUGCAAACAGUUUAGAAGACAGGCAUGGAACAGCUUAUAGGCCUCAUCUCUCCAAGCCCUUCGCUCUUGUUUCUCUGUCAUACACAGGUAAGAGCUAGCACCGUGCCAUGCAGAGACUCGUCAGUAAACUGUCCAUCUGAAUUUGCUGAAAUAAAUGUACUUGUUCCCUUCA